AUGGACAAGGGGAAGGAGGAAAAAACGAGACGGAAUCCCCCCUCGGUGGAUCAAAGACAACUCCUCAAACUAAAAUUCCUAGUUCCAGGCGAAAUUGAGCAAGAAUUGACCCAGUUACGCAAUGCCGACAAGAUCAUCGUGGAAAUCCCCAUCUGGCGUUCACGACAUGGGCCAGUGGAGCCAUCGAGCGACAUAUCAGAAGCGCACGAUCCUGGAGUUCUUAGCCAGGUUGACAUCAUUCGGCAGUUCCUGGCCUGUUGUUGGCCCACAGAGGCUCCGCAAAAGCUUGCCUGGUUGUUAACCCGUUGA